UCUCUUUUGUUCCCUUUUGUUCCCUCGCUCACUGUCCUUGCUCUCAACAUGUUCAAAUGUUGUUUUUGUCUACGUAUGUACCAUGCAACAUAACAGAUGCGUCAUCCUCGUCUGCAUAGGCACCGUUGGCUGUAUGAUGGGUAGAGAUUCUGCUGCUGUCUUGGUCCUGAUUUGAUGGGAUGUGGUGAGCACGUCCACUUGGUACACUAGGAAUGAGUUCAGGACUUGAGCUUGUGUUUUCCCGACGGGUGCGCGGGGCUGAUGUUGUAGAAGCGGAAGUGUAGUUAGUUGAUAGUAUCGGCAAGUGCUACUCUAUGUGACUUGAUGGCUGCUCGGAAACUGCAUUCCAACUCAGUCAGUGCUAACAUGCGAUGAUCUAUCUCUACCAAGUCCGAAGAGCAUGCUCUACGCCGCUUCAACAAAUGACGACUGGACCCGAGUCGAUUCGAAACCACCCAGACAAUGCCCGCAUUCUCGACCCGGUGGCGAGAUUGCUGUGCAAUAUCCGAUCCCCUUUCUGAGCGUCCGGCGUUGAAACAACUUGGCAAUAUUUGGUGGGUGGGCACUUUGAUUAACAUCAUACAUGAAGGGUGAGGUGAAUGGCGCUAAGCCCGCGGGGCUAGCUCCAAAGUCACAUGUACAUACCUGGGUUGUAUGCACAUGUGUAUGUGCAAGCGAGAACCGGCAACCAGGAUGCGGUAGACAAGCCUUCAUCAAAGCGAUCCAGUGACAUACCACCCGAUAUCUUCUUUCGACCUCUGCUGUUCUGGAAACGGAUGCUCCGAUACCGUCUGCUCCUUUACUACAUCCCAUCCAUCGACCCCUUUGAACACUUGCAUCAACUAUCCAGCGACCGAUCAAACAAACAUAUCGGCACUUCGCCGCUGAUGUGAC